UCCUUCCCUGGCGGUGGCAGCUGGCCGCCCCUCCCGGGCCCUCCCCAGCUGGCUGGGCCAGGCUUUCCGGUUACACAGUAACCUGUUGCUCCGGUUCUCGUCCCACCUCCACUUGCCCCUCCCCUCCCGCCCCCCUCCCUCCCGCUCCUUGGACCAGACAGCCAGCGCAGCCCUCCGCCUGCCGCCUGCCUGCGGUGCCCCCCACCAGCCCGGUUGGCCGCGGGGACGAGCGCUAGCGGAGGGAAAGCUGGGCCGGAGCGGAGCCCGGGAGGACGGGAUGAGCAGGCAGUGACCGGCGAGCCAGCGCGCACCAGGAAUCCCCAUUUAACAACCGGCUCUCCAGGAAUCCAGUACACCUGACAUUUGCAGAAGUGCAAAUUUGCAGAAGUCUUCGGCAUCUCUGAGCUCUUCUUGGGUCCAAGUGAGCCCCGAGUGGUGGAUGUGAAUCCCCUGCUGAGCGUCUAACAACCAGCUCCGGGUCCCAGCGGGGUGAGAGCGCAGGGUGACAGGAGCCACCACGGCCAGCUCCUGCAGCCUCUUCCUCCCUCUCCCUCCCAGCUGGACAGCUCCCGGCCGCCAUGAGCCACUUAGGAUCCCUGAGCGCAGGGCCCAGAUCUCCCAACGGCAGCAUGGGGCACUCGGACGGGCUGGCCAAGCUGAGCGCCAAGGACCUGUAUGAGCAAAGGAAGAAAUACUCCAACUCCAACGUCAUCAUGCACGAGACCUCCCAGUACCACGUUCAGCAUCUGGCCACGUUCAUCAUGGACAAGAGCGAGGCCAUCGUCACGGUGGAGGACGCCAUCCGCAAGCUGGUCCAGCUGAGCUCCAAGGAGAAGAUCUGGACCCAGGAGAUGCUGCUGCAGGUCAACGACUCCUCCCUGAAGCUGCUGGACUGCGAGUCCCAGGAGGAGCUGGAGCACUUCCCGCUGGGCACGGUGCAGCACUGCCAGACCGUGCUGAACCAGCUGCGCUACCCCUCCGUGCUGCUGCUCGUGUGCCAGGACUCGGAGCAGCACAAGCCCGACGUGCACUUCUUCUACUGCGACGAGGUGGAGGCAGAGCUGGUGCAUGAAGACAUCGAGAGCGCCCUGGUGGACAGCCGGAUGGGCAAGAAGAUGCGGCCGCAGACGCUCAAGGGCCACCAGGAAAAGAUCCGGCAGCGUCUGUCCAUCCUUCCUCCGGCCCAGGGGCCUGCGCCCAUCCCCUUCCACCAAGACGCCGGCGGCUCCAAGAACCGCGUGGCUGCUCCGGUGCCCCUCAGCGCGCCAGAUUAUGGACGAAGAGACUCCGGCUCUCAGGAGGAGGAGCCCAGGGCUCUCCUGGCCCAGAAGAUCGAGAAGGAGACACAAAUCCUCAACUGCGCCCUGGAUGACAUCGAGCUGUUCGUGGCGCGCCUGCAGAAGGCGGCCGAAGCCUUUCGGCAGCUCAACCAGAGGAAGAAGGGCAAGAAGAGCAGGAAGAAAGGGCCGGCAGAGGGGGUCUUGACCCUCAGGGCCAGGCCCCCCUCCGAGGCCGACUUUGUCGACUGCUUCCAGAAAAUGAAGCUGGCCCUCAACCUCCUGGCCAAGCUGAGAAAGCACAUCCAGAACCCGAGCGCCGCUGAGCUGGUCCACUUUCUCCUGGGCCCCCUGGAGCUGAUCAUCAACAGCUGUGGGGGCCCCGACAUGGCCCGCUCCGUGUGCAGCCCCCUGCUGUCCCGAGACGCCGUGGACUUCCUGAAGGGCCACCUGAUUCCCAAGGAGAUGGCCCUGUGGGAGUCUCUGGGAGAGACGUGGACCCGCUCUCGGGCCGAGUGGCCUCGAGACGCCCCCGUGCCCCCCUACAUCCCAAAGUUCCACAACGGCUGGGAGCCCCCGCUGGACGUGCUGCAGGGGGCCCCCUGGGAGGUGGAAGGUGGGCUGCUGCCGGACACUGAGCUGAGCCCGGCCAACGGGGCCCCUUACCGCCAUUCCCUGAGACACAGCCCGGGCCCCGAGCCUGCGCCCCCCGGAGACGGCUUCCCGCCAGGGGGCUCCCCCAACACCAACAGGAGAUUCGAGGGCCCAACCAUGGCCAAGUUCGCCAAAAUCCGCUACGACUUCACGGCGCGAAACGCCAACGAGCUGUCGGUGCUCAAGGACGAGGUUCUGGAGGUGCUGGAAGACAACAAGCAGUGGUGGAAGCUGAGGAACCGCAGCGGACAGGCCGGCUACGUGCCCUUCAACAUCCUGGACGCCAUCAGCCCCGAAGACGCGUACGCCCUCAGUGAGCAGGACAACCAGAAGUACCGCGGAGACCUGAGUCCCCGGGGCCCGAGCCCCGCCAGCCCCUUCCACAAGCUGCCCCUCAGCUACCCCGGGGACAAGGACGCCAAAGAGCAGCUCAUCCACCACAUGGACGAGCUUAACCACGAGCUCAUCAAGAAGAUGGCCAACCCCAAGGGGCAGCCUCCGCACAGGAACUUCCGGGUCGAGAGGAGCAGGCCCGUGGCCCCCCUGACCUAUGACUCCAGUGCCCAGGAGGUCAGGAUGUGGCUGGAAGCCAAGUCCUUCAGCCCAGGGAUUGUGGACCACCUGGGCAUCCUGACGGGCGCCCAGCUCUUCUCCCUUAACAAAGAGGAGCUGAAGAAAGUGUGUGGGGACGAGGGUGCCCGCGUCUACAGCCAGCUGACUGUGCAGAAGGGCCUCCUGGAGAAGAACCAGGCUGGGUCGGAGCUGGAGGAGCUGCUGCAGAAGUUCCAGAAGAAGACCAUGGAGGAGGGCCAGAGCUAGGCCUUUGGGGGCCGGGGAGGGGGCGGGCGGGGCCCCCUGCUGCUCUGCUGGCCCGGCUGCCUCAGGAUUGGGUGAAGUAUUAUCUUGAUAUUCCUGCUGUGCUCUGGGGAGGACGGUCCGUGUGGACGCUGCUCAGCGUGGGGGCAGCCGGCCCGGCCCCCCCACCCUCGCCCCCGGGCCAGGUCCUCCCCUCCCUUUGCCUUCCUGAGAACACUGCUGCAUCCUGCUUUGGGGCCCCGACCCCGCAGGAGACCCCCACUCUCGCCCUCUGGACAUCUCCGGCCGUUUCUGUGCGGGCCGGCCCGGCUCCCAGACACCCCCAAGCUCCAGACCGUCCCCCUCUCCGACAGAUCCCGAGUCCCCCCCACACCUGGGGCCUCCAGCCGCCGCUUCCACGCCACUCUGGGCUGGCCCCGCCUCCGUCCCGCACCCCCCUACUUGGGAGCCAAUCAGGAGGCUUGGGCGGUUCCCAGCCCCGCCCACUUCUGGCCCUGGGUCCCGGCCCAGCUCGCUCAGGGGGACCUGCUGCCCUGCCCCCCGCCCGCCGCACUUCAGAAUGAGAGGCUCUUCCUGCACAGCGAGGGGCUGCCCCCCAGAACCCCCCCAGCCUCUUCCUGGCCUCACAGUUCCUGGCGCAGCGAGGAGCCCCUCCGUGCCCGCCCUUGGGCCUUGGGGGCGGGGCCGGCACUCAGGGGCGCUCCUUUGAGCCUUGAGAGGAAGGGGGGCUCCCAAGAUGGCGGUGGUGAGGACGUCCUGCCGCAUCUGUCCCCCUGUAUUAGACCCGUUCAAGCCCCUGGAUCCCCCUGUCCCUGCCCGAGCCCGGAAAGUGUCCCUGUGGCCGCGGCCCCGAGGCUGGGCUGACGAGACCCCGGCCAGGGGCUGACCUGAUGGAGUCCAGGGGGGACCAAGGAAGAGUCAUUAAAAAUGCUGAUUUCCCGCC